AACCCCUGAUUCGGCGAAACGUCUACGCAUCGCUCAUUGGUCACAGACAAACGCAAUUACAUGGCAUCCACCUACCAUUGGUUAAUCCUCGCUCCCUGAUUUGAGUCCUCACUGUUUGCCACUAGCUUGUUUUGACAAGUCGCAGCUCCAGCCUGAGGAAAACCCCGGGGCAUCUUAUGGCAAAAUUGUAUCUUUGCAGGAGUAGAUAAAAGGUACGUGUACACAGUGUCGUUGUCAGUCAUGUCCUGCCAGAAAAUCGGAACGCUCGGCCGUGCAUUGUGCAGGAAAGGUCGCAGGACAGCAACGUUGAGCGCUCCAUCGAACAUUCCUGCAUUUGCAUGCGCCAGUUUAGCAUCAAGUGGCCUGUCCCUCAAUGGCCAGAAAGUCUGCAAAAGUACUGCAAGUUGUGACACAGAAGUAAAUGGUUCAACGGGCUGCCAGACAGCGCCUGCUUCCCAUGCACAUCAAGCUGGAAAGAAGAGAGGCGAGGAUUUGCUUUCAAGAUCUGGAAGGGCUUUUUCCUCCACAGCCCCUAAAGUUGAUUCCAAGACUUAUCUUUGGGCAAGAUACAAUGAAAUGAAACGACUUGUUCACGAUAUAAUUCCUCCAGGGGUUUGCAAUCAGCUUAACCCAGCCACAAUUUAUGCCAAUAAUGAAGUUCAUCUAGAUAAAGUUGAUAUCUAUGGGUUUGAUUACGAUUACACGCUGGCUCUGUACUCCAAUGCCCUUGAUGCCAUGAUAUACAACAAAGCACGGGACUUCCUCAUCGAACACUAUAAGUAUCCACAAGGAAUUAACAAGUAUGACUACAUCCCCAAUUUUGCAGCUCGGGGGCUGCACUAUGACAUCCAAAAGGGACUUCUGAUGAAAAUAGAUGCCUUCCAUUAUAUAGAGUUGGGGACCGUGUAUAGGGGUCUGAAGCCUGUCCCUGAUGAAGAGGUCAUGCAGCUUUACGGGGGCACCAAUCACGUCCCUCUUCAACAAGCCAGCGGGUUUUAUGGGAAGGGGCCCAAAAUGAAACAGUACAUGGAUGUGUUCUCCAUCCCAGAAAUGACUCUGCUAGCUGCUGCCAAUGACUUCUUCAUCUCCAAUGACAUUGAGUACGACCCUGUGCACCUCUACAGGGACGUGUCGGAGGCGAUAGGAAUGGUCCACAUCAAGGGGUUCAUGUACAAGUGGAUAAUGCAAGACCUCGAGAAGUAUAUCCUCCGUGGAGAUGAGACCUACGCAGUUCUGCACAGUCUGGUGAAUCAAGGGAAGAAACUCUUCCUGAUCACCAACAGCCCUUUCAGCUUUGUGGAUAAGGGCAUGACAUACAUGGUUGGGAAGGACUGGAGGGACUUCUUUGAUGUUGUCAUUGUUCAAGCAGACAAACCACACUUUUUUAAUGACUGUGUCAAACCAUUCAGAAGAUUAGACAGUAAUGGGGACCUUCAGUGGGACAAGAUCAACAGUUUAGAGAAGGGACAAAUCUAUAAACAGGGAAACAUUGUUGACUUUCUAAAGCUAACAGGUUGGCAGGGUACCAAAGUGCUCUAUUUUGGAGACCAUCUCUACAGUGACUUGGCCGACCUAAUGCUUUGCCACGGCUGGAGGACGGGGGCCAUCGUGCCUGAGCUGGAGGUGGAGACCAGGGUGGUGAACACAGAGAAGUAUGCACAGAGUCUCACCUGGCUGCAGGCUCUCACAGGCCUACUGGAACGCUUACAGAAGCACAAAGAUCCGGAGUCUAAGAAGGUUCUACAAGACUGGCUGAAGGAAAGGGAAGAGCUGAGAGCCGUCACAAAGAAUCUGUUCAACCCUCAAUUUGGGAGCAUUUUCCGUACGUGCCACAACCCCACCUACUUCUCCAGGCGUCUGUGUCGCUUCUCCGACCUCUACAUGGCUUCCAUCAGCUGCCUGCUGAACUAUGAUCUCUCGUACACCUUCUACCCGCGUCGCACACCACUACAACACGAGGCCCCUCUGUGGAUGGACCAACUCUGCACUGGCUGCAUGAAGACGCCAUUCUUGGAAGAGAUGGCCCACAUCCGUUGACUUCAGUCAUAGACUUGUUCUCUAAUUCCAUGGCUUUGGUGGCGUAGAAGACCUGAAAUAGUUCCAAGAUGACUGCUGAACCGGAAUGUGUUUGCAGCAACAGGACACAUGCAAAGUUAUUCAGGAGGACGAAAGCUCUGCAAACGUGGCAGCCUGGGUUAUGGCUGUUCAAACUGGGGUGCCAUCUUCUGGACAAACAGAGAUAGUGCAUUUGAAAGAACAAGAGCAUGCAAAUAGUAGCCCAUAGGAUACAAGUUUUCUUCUUGUACAUUUUGUAGCAUCUCCACUACUUAGUCUAUUGCAUUAUUUGCUAGAUAUGACUGUUACAGUUAAAUGGCCUAUUGUAUUGUAUUGUCAUUUGAUUUUAUGUACCGGUAGACAAAAGUUACAUGACGUAAACACUUGAAACGAUGAUUUUGAAUUACAUUUUUACAUUGAUGUUUUUACCUGAGGUUUUGGAGAAUAAACUGAUUGACUGUU